AUGGCAGUUUCAUAUGGAUCUGGAUCUCGGAAAGAAGGAAAAGAGCCACCGGGACCCAAACCACUGCCCCUGGACCAAAGCACCAAAUAUGUGUUGGAUUUGUCUGCAGAUCGAGUUCAAGAGGAGAUUGACAGAGUGAUUGGUGGACGUCAACCAGUGGUGGAAGACAGGAAGAAAUUACCAUAUACAGAUGCUGUGAUUCAUGAAAUUCAGAGAUUGGCCAACAUAGUGCCGUUGAGUCUUCCACAUAGAACUACCAGUGACAUUACCUUCAAUGGAUACUUCAUCAAGAAGGGAACUACAGUUGUUCCUCUGCUGACGUCUGUUCUGAAGGAUGAAAGUGAAUGGGAGAAACCAAACAGCUUUUACCCAGAACACUUCCUUGAUGAGAAGGGCCAGUUCGUCAAGAGAGAUGCUUUCAUGCCCUUUUCUGCAGGGCGUAGGGUUUGUCUGGGAGAGAGUUUGGCCAGGAUGGAGCUUUUCCUGUUCUUCAUGUCUCUCCUUCAGAGCUAUCGCUUCACAACUCCACCUGGAGUGUUUGAAGAUGAGCUGGAUCUCAAAGGAAUCGUUGGAAUCACGUUGAAUCCGUCUCCACACAAGCUGUGUGCAAUCAGACGCUCCUGAUCCAAGAAAACAGUGGCCAUUAGAACAAAAUACAAAAACAAAACAACAGCUCAUUUCAGUAUAAAUUAGGAGAUUUCUGCACUUGUUUUACUUUUUGAGAAUAUGUACUGUAAUCAGAAAAAGGUGCACUACACCUUUUGUUUUAUUAGACUCUAAGUAAAAACCAGUAAUAUGCACUAAACAUUUUGAGAAAUGUUUACAAAAUGGUAAAGAAAGUUGCUGAUUGUUUGAUUUUGAAAUCAAGACUGGACUACUGCAAUGCUCUACUUGCAAGCCUAUAAACAGCUUUUUCCCGAGUUAUUUUAGGGAUAUGACUAUUGUUGGCUGGUGAUUUUUUUGUUUUAUAUUCCUAUUUUUUAAGUUGUUUUAUAUAAAUGCUUCUGCUAAAUGCAUGAGCAAAAAUGCAUUAACUUUAAAUAGUACCAGUAAUGGAAGACAGAAAGCAAAGGGUGUAAUUAAAUAAUAAAAAAGAGCUACAGAACUUGGCAGUGAGGUUAACAGGUGAAUGCAAAUAAAAUCUAAAGAAAAUUUGGCAUACAGUAUGCUAUCCAUAACACUUGUUAGAAGACGCUUG